AUGCCGCUUUACCCCGCCGCACCGUCACCUAAACGGAAACGAGAUGAAAAGCCACAUUCGCCACAGCAGAGAGUCACUUCGAGACGGUUAUAUACACUCCCAGAAAAGUUAAUGUCGUCUUCUGGAGAGGAUAUCGAGACGGGGGUUGAGACUCCACGGUCCAGGGUAGCCCAUAGCUUUGGGGAGCUGCAAAUAGAGGGAACUGGUGGGGUCAGCAGGCUGGACCUGCUUGGGACGUUUGGGGCAUCAUCGAAAGUUGACAACGGCGAAUCCAGAAAGCAAGUCAAAUCUGCUCAGAAUGGAUUAAAAGAAAUCCCAGAGACACCCCAGGUCUCCUCCAAUAUAGUUUCAGGCCCGGCUGGUGCUAUACGGUUUGAUAUGAAGGCCGCAUUUGGCAGCCAGCAAAACAACAUAAUAUUCACAGGCGCCAACUCUACCAGUACCCCAACUACACUCACUACAACGCUUCCUAGUCGCCCAAGUCAUAAGCUACCGGCCUCUCCGCCUUCGCCUGAUCCUCCACCCCAGCAAUUCUCGCCGGCGCCCUCGCCUCCUGUCACUCCUAUGACAUCACCCUCUCAGGAACCUCCAUCGCUUCACUGGGAAGAGUCUGAAAUUACUGGUCACAACCCAAGUGAUCCAGAUGAUGAUGGCGAGGGUAUUAACGGCGUCGGCUUCAAACCCACCGCUGCUAUUGCCCGGGCUCGUUCCGAGCGCCGCCGCAAGCAGUUGGCUGACUAUAAGUCCCGUGAAGAUAAGGAGGCCAGAGAUGCGAGGGCUAAGAGGGCCGCACUGAGGAGGCGAAAGGGGAGUGAAGGUGUGGCUGUUAAGACCGAGGAAAGUCAGGUAUCGGAGAAGGAGAGAAGGGUGAGGUUCUCUGAGGCCGAAAGAGCGAUCGAUGUGCUCUGA